UGUUAGUAAUCAUUGCUAGACAGCGUAUUCGAUUUAUUUGCAGUGAAAUAGAAUACGUUCUGGAACACUAAUCAAACACAAUGCUGAACAUGAAAAAUGGGCAAAAGCUAAAACCGCGAAGUUGAGAUUGCAAAAGAUGAUGUCAAGAAAACGUGCACCGUUGAAAGAUAACGAUGUUUCCACUAAUGUACAGACAGAAACAUCGGCCAAGAAGCAAAUGGUUAAAAAGUCGCCCUAUGUUGAGGGCGCGAUUGUUCGAAUCCAGCUUCGUAAUCUUUUAACCUACGACAAUGUUGAAUUUAACCCAGGACCAUAUCUGAAUGUGAUAAUUGGACCGAAUGGAACUGGAAAAUCGACAAUUGUUUGCGCUAUUUGCCUUGGACUAGCGGGAAAGACAAGCUGGCUCGGUCGAGCUAGCCAGCCUUGUGAUUUCAUCAAAUAUGGAUGUGAUAAAGCCAAAAUAGAAUUAGAGUUACACAACCCCAAUGGAGAUAACUGGUUCGUACAGAGAGAAAUCUCCAAGAACAAUCAGUCAACCUGGACAGUCAACAAGAGACCCGCAACUCAAAAAGCUGUUGAAGAAAUGGCAGCCCGUCUCAAUAUCCAAGUUGGAAAUCUCUGUCAGUUUCUACCUCAAGAAAAAGUGGCAGAUUUUGCUAAAAUGACUCAGCAGGAGUUACUUGAAAAUACUGAAAAAGCUAUUGGUGCCCAAGAUCUGUAUGAGAACCACCAGAAGUUGAAGGACGCGAGAAGCAACGCACGGAGAAUUGAAACCUCGGUGGACAGCCUGACGGCCAGGCUGGAGCAGGAGAAACAGAAAAACGUGCGCCUCGAACAAGACGUGAAAAACUACGAGGAUCGCAGACAUCAUCUGGAGAAGAUCAAGAUCAUGCAGAUGAAGAGACCAUGGCUGGAGUAUGAAGAGAAACGAAAACAGUUUAAUGCGGACAAACUUGAAAAGGAGGCGAAAGAAGAAGAAUUUAAAAGGGCACAGGCGGAGAAUCAGCCGAUGAGAGACAAAAUGGAAGAAGCGAGAGGCAAGAAGGAGUCGCUUGAUGCUCACAUUAAGAAAAAGUCAAAUGCUAUCCGUGAACAUGCCAAUAAAGUACGGGACUGCAGUGAGGAGUUGGAGAAACUAACUGACAAGAUUUCCGAAGUACAAGAUGAAUUGAAAUACAAACAACAUGAAGAAGAACAGAGGAAAAAGAAGCUGAAUGACUUGCAUCAUCAGUUAGCAGCACUUCAACAAGAACUUCAAGAAGUGGAUGAGACUGAGGAUGUCCAGCCAGCUCUGGACAAGUUAUCUCAAGAUAUGCGUAUAGUCAAUCAAGAUAUGACUCACGUACAGCAGGAGGGAAACGUGACUCGGAUUAGUAGGGACGCAAUCCAACAAGACAUGAAUGAACACCAAGUAGCACUUAGACAAAUCCAAGACAUAUCUAACAGACGGCUUGAAUUGCUGCGGCAACGACACAAGCACACCUACGAAGCUGUCACGUGGCUGAGGCAGAAUAAAAACAAAUUCAAGAAAAACAUUUACGAACCGAUGCUCCUCUGUUUGAAUGUAAAGAACCCUGAUCAUGCCAAAUACAUCGAGAGUCACAUAAGCUUUAAUGAUAUCCGUGCGUUUGUGUGCGAGGAUCCCGACGACCUUGAACUCUUCAUGUCGGUGAUGCGUGACGAACAGAAGUUGAAGGUGAACAUUGUGCGGAGUCCACAGCAAGCUCCAGACACUUUUAAUCCAUCAAAGAGCAUCGAAUAUUACAGACAGUACGGCUUCAAGUACUUUCUACGAGACCUCAUAGACUGCCCGGCCCCCAUCAUGAGUUUUCUCUGUGCCCAGUAUCACGUGUUCGAGAUUCCCGUCGGUGCCAAGCUGGUCGGCGGGAAAAUCAACCAAGUGAUUAAAGAGAAUCCACACCUCCGAGUAUUCUACACCGAAGAUUGUCAGUACAAUGUGAAGAAAUCCAAGUAUACUGGUGAUAUUUCUACAAGAAAUACACAGCUCAGGAGGGCCCAACUGCUGUCUGUAUCUGUCGAUGUGACACGCCAGGAAGAACUACGGCAGCAAAUCAGGGGGUGCUCGGAGAGGCAGCAGGAAGCAGAGAACCAGUACCGAGCCCUUCAGAUGAGGAGUAAGGAACUGGAGGUCAGGAUGAACCAGCUGAGAGAGACAAAGAAAAAUCUAAUGAAAAAGAAGGACCAGAAAAACCGUCUUCUGACACAAAUGAAUUCCAAAAAAGAAAGGCUCAAGAGAGUUGAAUUGGAGGCCAAUGAUAUGGCUGCUGAAACGCAGAAAGCUGCCAAGAAAGUGAAAGACAUCACGAUAAAGAAAUGUCAGUUACUAGGUGUACUUGUUGCAAACACAAAGAAAUGUUUUGAACUCAGUAAGGAGAAGAUUCGCCUGGCGUUACAACAUGCCGAGUGUUUGCACGAGUUUCACAGUACGGAAAUGUUACUGCGGGACCGGUCAGCCUCUCUGCAGACGUUAGAAAGACAGCUGCAUGAGAUGAAAGAAAAGUUACGGAACACGAGAGGGAUUGCUAAAGGCUUGCUAGAGAAAGCCAAACAAGCAACAAACACAGCUCACGAUGAAGAACUCUCAAAGGAGUACAAAAUGGCGUUUGAGUGUUACCCGAGCAGUGUUGAAGAGAUAGAUGCAGCCAUCCACGAACGACAAGCGCGAGCUGACUGUACAUUCCAGUCUGAUGAACGGGUGAUCUGUGAGUACCGGAAGAGGAAGGAGGAGAUUGCACGGCUGGAGGCGGAGCUGGAGAAGAAGAUGGUUGACAAGACGAGCCACCAGGCGGAGAUCGAGGACGCCAAACGGCAGUGGAUGGAGCCGCUCCAGCAGAAGAUUGCCCAGAUCAACAACAACUUCGGAUACUUCUUCACCUGCAUGAAGUGCACGGGGGAGGUCGAUCUCAACAUUCCACCUAACCCGGAAGAUUAUGAAAAGUACGGUGUUCGGAUUAAAGUGAAGUACCGCGAUGGAGAGCAGCUAAGGGAGUUAACUCAGCACCAUCAGAGCGGUGGAGAACGCAGUGUUGCCACGGUUCUCUAUCUGAUGGCCUUGCAGGAAAUGGGGAAAUCUCCUUUCAGAUGUGUCGAUGAGAUAAACCAGGGGAUGGACCCUAUCAACGAGAGGAAAGUCUUUGAGCUGGUUGUGCAGACAGUUUGCAAGAAGAGCAAUUCACAGUAUUUCCUCCUCACACCCAAGCUCCUUCCAGACCUCGACUACGCUGACAACAUGUCUGUACUCUGCAUCUGCAACGGCCCGCAGAUGAUGGCUCACACGGAAUGGAACCUCCGCAAGUUCCAGCGCCGUCGACAGCGGCUGUCGGAGGAAAAUUGAUAACCAGUGGACUUACACGUGUGUGUGUGUUGUUUUUAUCAGUUUUAUUUAUGUGAUGAAUGGCUGUGUGGUAUAUAGAUAGUGUUCUUCAGGCAUAGUGUAUACAUGGUACACUCAAGGUAUAGUGUGUGUGUGUGUACUAUCAGUGUUCUCGCUGGGUGAAAAUUAAAGGAGGGCGGACGUGCAGCACCACACCCUUCAAAUUUUUUUUUUACAAAAAUGGGGGGGGA